GGGACAGCUCCGGUAGAUGGCACACGGGGCCGGCGCUCCGAAACCCGACACUGGCAGACACUCCCCGAGAGCCAGGGGCCGAGCAGGAACCAGGAAAUACAAGCUCAGCCCGCCCGGGGAGCUCGGCAUCGGCGGGGAAGGAGCAGCGACAUGGGCAACCUGUGCGGCUGCGGCCGGCGCUGGAAGUGUCCUUCACCUUUCAAGAGGAAGAAGGAGAAGCAAGGAGCUAAUGGGAGGCACGAGGCUCAACAGCAGCAGCCUGGCAGGAAGGCUGUGCCAGGCGCGGUCCCCACGUAUGAAGACGUGCCAGAGGUGCCCGUGUAUGCCACGCUGGGCGGGCCCAGGGCCGGGCAGCAGGAGGACAGCAUCCACUACGCCGACAUCCAGGUGCUGUCCAGGGCAGGGCAGCGCUCGGCGGCCGAGCUCAGGAGCCUGCAGCUGCAGAACGCCACCGAGUACGCCACGCUCAACUUCCCCAGGGCCAGGCUCAAGUACGACAGCAAAAACGGGACCUUGGUCUGAAGGACUCCGUGGCCUCGCCCUCGUCUUUCAGCAGGAAGGGGAGGUCACAGCUGUGGGUGCAAGGAGACCUCGUGGGCACGGCUGGGAGUUGGCAGAGGUGUGUGUCCCACCUCGGACGUUCUCACUGAGGAGUUUCCCGUCUGAUUGUGCUGGGAACAACGCCGGCUCCCCUUGGGGGAGCUGUCCCUGGAGCUGGCAGCCAGCUCCUGCCAGCCCUGCCAGGUGGCAGAGCUGCUGAAGGCUCAGGGCUGCGGGCAGAAAAUCCCUGCUGUGGCACAGCUCCAGCCUUUGGGGGUGCUGCUCUGGGAGUCCAGGAGUUCAGCACUGAAGGGAUGUUUUGGUGCUGCCCUUGGGAAUCCAGGAAUUCAGAACUACAUGGGAGGCUUUGGUGAUGCCUUUGGGAAUUCAGCACUAAAGGGAGGUUUUGGUGCUGCUCUGGGAAUUCAGGAAUUCAGCACUAAAGGAAGGUUUUGGUGCUGCUCUGGGAAUUCAGGAAUUCUGGACUAAAGGGAGGUUUUCAUGCUGCUUCUGGGAAUCCAGGAGUUCAGCACUGAAGGGACGUUUUGGUGCUGCCCUUGGGAAUCCAGGAAUUCAGAACUACAUGGGAGGCUUUGGUGAUGCCUUUGGGAAUUCAGCACUAAAGGGAGGUUUUGGUGCUGCUCUGGGAAUUCAGGAAUUCACGACUAAAGGGAGGUUUUCAUGCUGCUUCUGGGAAUCCAGAAGUUCAGCACUAAAUGGAGGUUUUGGUGCUGCCUUUGAUAAUUCAGCACUAAAGGGAGGUUUUGGUGCUGCCUUUGUGGAUUCAGGAAUUCAGCACUAAAGGGAGGUUUUGGUGCUGCUCUGGGAAUUCAGGAAUUCAGCACUAAAGGGAGGUUUUGGUGCUGCCUUUGGGAAUUCAGGAGUUCAACACUAAAGGGAGGUUUUGGUGCUGCCUUUGGGAAUUCAGGAGUUCAGCACUAAAGGGAGGUUUUGGUGCUGCCUUUGGGAAUUCAGGAAUUCAGCACUAAAGGGAGGUUUUGGUGUUGCUCUGGGAAUUCAGGAAUUCAGCACUAAAGGGAGAUUUUGGUGCUGCCUUUGUGGAUUCAGGAAUUCAGGACUAAAGGGUACAGCACCUGGCAGCCAGAAAUGCAGAAUUAGGAGGGUGCAGAACCAUUUCUGUCACUGAUGGGCUGUUCAGAGGUGCACCCUCACUCCUCUGUGCAAACAAGUGAGGAGAGAGCUCCUGGCUGGGACUGGAAGUGAAACCAGGGGAAAUUGGCAGUUUAGCUGCCUCUGUUUAGGGCAGAUCUCCGAGUCCAGCAGCUGCCUGGGACACUGGGAAUGAACCCUGGGCAGCUUCAGAGGAGACUUUGGACUUUGCUUCCACUUUUCCCUCAUUUUGUGCUGCCAGCCCUGGUUAUAAACCCAGUGACACAGAGCACACACCUCGUGGGCCAUCAGCUCCACCUCUCUUUCUGGGUUUGAAAUAAUGUCCACAAUUCAGUGUAGCAAUGGUGCAAACUGGGCAGCACUGGGAGGGCACCAGGGCUCCCCAAAGCCCCUCUGCAGGCACUAAAGCAAGGCCUGGCAUGUUCUGCUCCUCAGUCAGGGCCUGCAGAGCAGAUUCUGGGGCAGCCCCGGGCACUGGCAGCGUUUGGAGAUGGUUUCUUUUAUAAACACACAGAACUUUGCAGUUUAUAACUCAGCUGGGUGGGAAAAGCACGAAGGAGUUCCUGCUCGUGGUGAAAAAUAAAGCUGCUCUUUGUUUUUCUGUGCUGUGCUUGCCAAGGUGGAAAUGUUUGAGGACCAAUCUUCCCAUUUUCCUACGUGCUUUAAUGAGUGCCCGAGCCCCUGGAAUGGUUCUUUAUCUCCCAUUCCCCGAGGAGCUCCGGCUUCCACACCACCCUCGGGGCCGUUCCUGGAAGGACAGCUCAUCCUAGAGACAAUUCCACGCUCCCAUUCCGGUGAUUUCCCCAGGUUUUCCGUGGGGAAUUGUGGAAUCCACGUGUUCUGCAGUAGAGAUUUUCCUGAAGGACUCUGUUUUGCACUGAAUAUUAAAAUCUCCCGCAGUGCCCGCGCUUGCCGUGCGUGCCAGACGAGAGCUGAUGUACCAUUAAAGAUGCGAUAUUCGGUUUUAAG